CGGUGUCAUGGCGGCCUGAGGUCCCGGGAGUCGGUGCGGGCGUUGCAAGCCCCUCCCUGCGGAGCGGCGGGUCCGGCGGGGAUGUGACGGCGGGCGCCGCGGGCCUGCCUGGCGCGUCGUGUCGGCUCGCGUGUCCUCGCCCCAGCCCGCACCAUGGCGGGGUCCGGCUGCGCGUGGGGCGCCGAGCCGCCGCGCUUCCUGGAGGCCUUCGGGCGGCUGUGGCAGGUACAGAGCCGCCUGGGCAGCGGCUCCUCGGCCUCGGUGUACCGGGUGCGCUGCUGCGGCACCCCGGGCUCGCCCCCCGGCGCCCUCAAGCAGUUCCUGCCUCCGGGAACCACGGGGGCUGCGGCCUCGGCCGCGGAGUAUGGUUUCCGCAAAGAGAGGGCGGCGCUGGAGCAGUUGCAGGGUCACAGGAACAUCGAUUCACCUUGCAGAUGCUGCAGCUGAGAACAGAGCC